AUGGUUAAGAGAGGUUCAGAAAAUGGCCAGAAAUUCAUUAAAGCUUGUCGAGGACGACUUGCAGCGAUGCCCGUCAACAUCGAUGACUAUGCCUCUGAAGAGGACAUCGAGCGUUGGGGAAAUUGGAUCCAAUAUGCAUUCGACAUGGCCUGGUCGGCUAACGUCGAGAAAGUCAAGCCUUCACACCAUGCAAAGUCGUGGUGGAACGCUGAGUGUAACAAAAGGGCCAAGGAGUUACGUAAUAUAUGUGCUUCGGUCAAGUCUAUUAAAAAGGACAUCCGGAGAUACAUCAUGAUUCAUCGUCUUGGAAUAUCUGAGAAUGAUGAUGAGAUACUAACUAGUAUCGAGAACAAGAACGAUUUGGCUUCUAUCCACCUUAUAGAGGAAGCCCAGAAAAUAAAGAAUGCGUCCAACCGCCUCCGAGCGGCGGCCAAACGAGCUAAACGUGAUUUCUUCGAAGGGGUGUUGAAACACACACACCCUUCAAGAAUAUGGAACAAUGUUGAAUGGAUGAAGCCACAAAAACAAGUGACUAACGUCGCCCUCACAAAUAGCCAAGGGGAUAUUGUCACCGACUCGAAAGGGGUCGGAGAAAUAUUCCAACAACAAUUUACUCCGACCAAUGGUCGACCUGUCGACAUGACCAUUGCGGAUGAGAUGGAGCAGCUCGAGGAAAGAGCUUUCCCACCCAUGAGUCGCACUGAAAUGCAAGAAGCCCUCAAGGGCACUAGCAACUUUUCUGCACCGGGCCCGGACCACGUCUCGUGGUUCUGG